CGAGUCGACACCACUACCAAGCUAUGGGAUAGGCUGAUUAGACUAGAAUCAUGCUCACAAUGAGCCUUCCACCUCUUCUCCAUGCUCGUCCGCCAACACCAUGGCAGACCAGAAUGUAAGCAAGCUACGCAUCACCUCGGCCACGCUGAAAGCGAUCUUUUCCGCGUUGCAGCGCUCACUCUCUUCUCCGUUCAAGGGCGCCAAUGGCUCCAACACCUACUUCAAGGAUGUCAUGUUUGCCAUGCUCCGCACCCAGCUGGGCAACCUCGACCUCGCAGCCGACCGCUACAUGAACGGCACCACGACGCCAAUCUACCUCAAGUAUGCCCAAGACAACCAGUUCGCGCCAGAGAGCAUCACCUUGCCAAGUGGCACCCAGGCCUACCUGUUUGGCAGCAGGAGUGCUAAGAAGACGCUGAUCUACCUCCACGGCGGCGGAUACGUAAUGCCCUGCGGACCAGGACAUAUGCUCUGGCUGGACGACCUGCAAAAGUCGCUCGGCCCCGACGUGUCUGCCCUCCUCCUCGCAUACGACCUUGCUCCCGAGCACAAGUAUCCCACCCAACUUAGGCAGGCGGUCGAGCUCCUCCGCUACCUUGUCGAGACAGAGGGACGCAGCCCGUCAGACAUCAUCCUUGGAGGAGACUCUGCCGGCGCCAACCUGAUUCUCGGCCUGCUAUCGCAUCUCGCCCAUCCACACCCAGAUAUACCACCUCUCUCACUUCCCUCCAAGCUUCACGCUGCUCUGCUCAUCUCGCCAUGGGCUGCGUUGACCAACACAAACACACCCGCAUUCGUUACAAAUGCCCAGCGCGACAUGUUCGAUUCACGAACGCUGAACCGUUGGUCUACUGCCUUCCUCGGCUCCGACUCUCCUUUCGCCGGUGACUUUUACAACGAACCCAUCCUCGCCGCACCAGAGUGGUGGGAGCCUGUUGCUGAUGUUGUCGAAGAGGUGUUGAUAUGGGCUGGCGACAAUGAAGUCUUAAAAGAUGGCAUCGAGGCAUUCGCCAGCAAGUUUACAAAAGGCUUCGGUGGCAAGGGAGGAAGAGUGCACACGAUAGUCACACCAAAAGCAUGUCACGAAGAGAUGAUUGUGGAGAGAAUCUUAGGGUACAAAGGUGAUUCGGGCACGGGCAGCCAGCAGGUGGUGCAUGAAUGGGUGAGGGCCAAGCUUUGAUCAGGGUUGUGCGGUCGAGCGUGUACGUAUAUCUCGCAUGUAGACAAGAGACUAUAUCGCUAGGCUAUCCUAGUGAUAUUCACAUUCUACUAAACUUCAUGUUACUUCGUCAACUUCACAUCUCGUAUGAAAUCGCACAGGCGC